AUGGCAAAAUCAAUUAAAUUCUUUGAGUUAGAUACGGGAGCCAAAAUUCCCUCCAUUGGGUUGGGGACAUAUAAGAUUGCCCCUGACGACAUUGUCGAGGCCAUCACCGCCGCUGUUAAGCUAAGAUACAAGUAUGUAUAUAUUGACAAGAACAUUUGUUACUUGGAGGUUGGAUUUCGGCACAUCGAUUGUGCUCAACUCUAUGGGAACCAGAAAGAGAUUGGUUUUGCUCUGAAGAAGGUUGUUGAAGACGGUUUAGUGAAACGUGAGGAUCUAUGGAUCACGUCAAAACUCUGGAACGCUGAUCAUGCACCAGAAGAUGUACCAGAGGCAUUGGACAGAACUUUGCAUGACUUACAACUUGACUAUGUUGAUCUGUACCUAAUACACUGGCCUGUUAGCACGAAAAAGGGGGGUUCAAACCCUGAAAACUUUACCCGGGCAGACAUACCUAGUACAUGGAGAGCAAUGAAGGGACUCUUUUAUUCUGGCAAAGCUCGAGCUAUCGGUGUUAGUAAUUUCUCAUCAAAGAAGCUUGAGAAUCUUUUGGCAGUUGCAAGGGUGCCUCCUGCUGUUAACCAGGUGGAAUGCCACCCCAUACGGCGGCAGGAAGAGCUUCAUGCCUUUUGUAAAUCCAGAGUUCACUCAUCAGGAUACAGACCAUUGGGUGCUCCAGGUUCACUGAAAAUCACAAAUGAGGUUCUCAAGAAUCCAGUGAUCAGGAUGGUAGCAGAGAAAUUAGGUAGGACUCCUGCAGAGGUGGCUCUUCGUUGGGGACUACAAAUGGGUCACAGUGUUCUUCCCAAGAGCACAAAUAAAGGAAGAUUUAAGGAAAAUUUUGAUUUUUUUGAUUGGUCCAUUCCUGAAGAUUUGUUCGCCAAGUUUUCUGAAAUUCAGCAGGAGAGGCUAGUUAAGGGUACUGAAUAUGUGCAUGAGACCUAUGGUGCAUACAAGAACGUGGAAGAACUCUGGGAUGAACUGAGCCUAAAAUGGAUUCAUCACAUUAGAACUAUGUUUUUCCGCUGGUUUGAUCAAAUGAGGGACAUGUAUGUGCAUUUUCAUGUGGAUAAAGUUAGCUGGGGGAGACAAGUUACAUACGCUAUACGUAAAUAAAGGGUGAAGUACCAUUUGCUCUACAAUGAAGUAAAAUGUAAUACUAUAAACAAAUUGUGUCCUUACAAAUUAAUUGUACCUCCAUCAAACUGAUAUAUACUCCUAAUUUUUCUGUUAGUCAACCUCAAUCAUCAAAUAUUUUUGGUGCGAGAUUACCUUCCAUUAUCAUUUGUAAAAUGACGAGAAUUCUCUGGAGCAAAAUAGUGUUAUUAUUCCACUGUAAGUGUUAUUGGAUUUCAAUUUUUGUAAUUUGGAAUCCGUACA